AUGUCUACUCAAUCCACUCCGCGCUCGACGCGCUCUGCGUCCUUGGAAGCCUCUCCAGCACAUAUGCUCACUCCAGGCCAGAAAAUCAAGGCCAUGCUUGCGCAGUUUGACAGCGAUUCUGAAAAUGAAAAUACUACAACUACAUUGAAAACAACCCCAAUUGCGCCUCUUAAUUUUACCACUGGCGUAACGAAAAGUAUCGUGCCAGCCCUUGAUGAAGAUGACGAUGAAGAUGUCCCAGUACUGGCACCAAGAGGGCGAAUGGCUGCUCGAAUGCAGGGAAUUGAAAAUACAGAAACAACCGAACGCACAGAGACAGCCUACGACAGAAUAGCAAAGACUCUACGCUUACCGUCCACAGAUGCAACCGACAACACUAAGUCUACGAAUGAAGACCAAUCCUCGGAAGAUGAUAUGCCUACUGCUGCCCCAACCAGAAGACGUCUCUUGAGUGCCAAGGAAAACGAAUUGAAUGCUACGAUGGAACAGAACGAGAUUUCGAAUCAACGUUCCGCACGAUCAGAGUCUCCGUUAUUUGUUCAGGAAGAAAGCGAUGCAGACCACACGACCGGGAAUAAUCCAUCAACCGGGGAACCAAAAGAUGCACGAUUUCUCGCUCUUGUUGAGCGAAAACGUAAAGAACGGCAAGAGAAAGAAAAAAUCGAGUCAGAGAAAAGGGCCGCAAGAGCAGCGAAGAUGAAGGAGUUCAACUCUGAUAUCGUUGCUGACGAUGAGAGUGAAGAGGACCCAGAUAGUGCCAAACAACUAACUCAAACAUCCCGACCCGCUCGCAAGGCAAGUAAGAAGGCUUUGGAAGAAAUGGCACGAGAAACGCAAAGGAUGAGCCGAAAUAGGCAACUCGCUUAUCAGCCACGAGUGAAGCGCAAGAUUACGAUAGAUAGCUUCGUGGCCCUAAUGAACUCGCACAAAAUUGAACAACCUUCCGAACCGAUUGAUUCGGCAUCAUCGAGCUCAGCUCCUUCAUCAGAUGCUGAUGCAACCAAGCAGAAGGAAACUCCGCCAACUUCUCCUGCAGGACCUAGUUUUGACGAACCGAAGCCCGUUCAAGUGCAGCCUUCGAAACCACCCCAAACGACCGUUAGCAAACCCAAAGUGUCCAAAGAGCCGCGAGUCCGAGUGCACUUAUCUCGUGAACAGGUCGCCCGACGUCAAAAUGAGGAACCUGAUGAUGAGUUGGAGAUCAUUACAUCGCCUACCAAGUGUAGGAAGGCAGCUAUCUUUGAGAAUCUGCGCUCGAAAAAUCUCAGCGAAAACCAGAAUAUGCUUAAGCUCAAAUUGCUUGCUCGUUUGACGUCGCCAACAAGCCGCACCAAGUCAAUGAGUCCUGCUGAACUCUCCGCCAUGUUGCAACUAAAAGCUCGACAGCAAGCACUGCGUGAGAGGCAAGAGAAACUCGACGAGCUCAGAGCCCAGGGCAUUGUUGUUGAGACUGCGGAAGAGCGAGAAGCAAUGGAGGCAGAUGUCGAAGACUUGAUGGAAAAGGCUAGACAAGAGGCUGAUUUGAUUGCUCGUCGUGAGAAGGCUGCUCGUGAAAAGAAGUCUGGUGUCAGUACAGUAAGCGACGAUGAGGAAGAGGAUGGCGACUACGAACUUUCCGGCUCCGAGGAUGAGGAAGAAAGUGGAAUGGAGGAAGACGUUGAGUCUGAUGGGGAAGGCGAAGGUAGUGAAGAGAAACUCGAAGAAGAGAUGGAGAUAGAAACCGAAGAACCAGUUCAGGGAUUGGUCGAUAAUGAAGCGGAUGAGAUGGAGGAGGAGGAGGAGCCGGAAGAGUCUGCUCUUGAGAAAGAGGUGACUUUGACACAUGGAACUCGAGCCAGGCGUCAGAGAAGAAUUGUCAGCGAUGAUGAGGAAGAAGACGAGGCAAACGAAGUACAGACUACCAAGCCUGUACCAGAACCGAAAACACCCGCGAGAUCAGUAGCCGCGUCUGUCGGCUCAGCCCAAAGACCGCAAUUUCCCAACAUGCCAGGAGCCUCUACCUUCACAAUGAGCCUUACUCAGGCAUUCGCCGGUACCAUCGCGGAGGAUCAGUCGGACGGCGAAGAGGACUCAUUCAAGAUUCUGCAAAGUCUUCCAGAUCCUGGGCUGCCCGGUCUCCAAGAGAUGGCCGUCGAUUCCCAGGUAAUGGUCAAAGAUAGCCAGGAUCAGCGUCGUGGAUCAAUCGAUCUCUUUGCUGGCUACACGCAGUCUGGCUCUCAUGUGCCCGAAUCACCUGGACCCAACUGGUCACAGUAUUCACAGAUGCCUGAACCAACUCAGGAUAUUGGUUUUGUAUAUUCGCCCAUUGACGUCUCUAAGCGUUUUAUCGAGCCCCCAGUCUCGACAAUUGAUACAGUCAUACUUCCAGAGAGCGAGUCACCUGUCAUGCGCAGGAAGGGCCGACUACUCCAACGCGGCCGGCCCGUUCAUUUAUCGGAUGACGAGGGUGGAGAUUUCGAGAUCAAAGCCAGCGCGUUCGAUGUAAUGAAGAAAGCGUCCAAGCAAAAGACCAAGGCAGCCACUGCGUUUGACAAAUCGAACAGCAAGGCCAAGGAACACGUUGACGAAGCCGCCGAGGAAUCCGAGGAUGAGUAUGCAGGCUUGGGAGGUGCUAGUGAUGACGAUAAUGGGGAGGAGGAUGAACUUGACCGGGAGAUGAUCAACGAUAACAGUGGUGAAGUUGUUGACGAAAAGGAGCUAGCAGCUUUAAAUGCGAACCAUCAACGUGCUAUGGAUGAAAAACAAGUCUCCAAGUUGUUGAAAGAUAUCACAACUGGAGCUCUGCGGCGUAGGCGAGGAGCUGAUGACGAUCUUGACUUGGACGACUCGGACGAUGAACGGCUCGCUCGACGAAGAGCCAAGCAGCGAGAAUUUGCCAAAAUGCGGAAGGCAUUGCUUGCUGACGAGAAGGUUAAUGAGAUCGCAAGUAAUCCGAAGAAGCAGGCUUUCUUCAAGGCUCUCGAAGAUCGUGAUGAUGACGAGGAAAUGGAGUUCGAAUUCAAUAAUGGUGCUCAAUCUGAGGAAGCAUCUUUCCAGGUCAAUGAGAAGGAGGAAUCAUCCGCAGGCGGAGACGAAGAUGGAGAAUCAGAAGAGGCAUCUCACAAGCGAAAACGACCUCUUGAGCCUGCUGCUGAAGAUGUUUCCAAUAGACCUCCACCACACCUUCGACGCACUGCAGCUAAUGUUUCACGCAAACCAUCUUCUCUCGCGGAGAUUCGGGAAACUUUGUCUUUCUUGACAGCAACACCCGAGUACGACUCCUUCCAUGAGGAUGCAUCCAUCGAGGAAGAUAUUGUUUAUAGCACCGACAAAGGCAAUUCGGAUGAUGAAACUGAGAACACAGAACCCAGUCAAAAAUCCUCCGCAGAUGGGUUUGCUAUUCCACCAAAUCCACGCCGCACUCGUGGUCCGGUUGUUGACCGUCUGGCUCUUCGACGUGCUUCCUCAUCCAACUCUGCACGCGCCGGUGCUAAACCGGCCUUUGUGACUGGCACGUCAUCUUGGGAUACCACCAACGUUGGCUUCCGUCCACCCCCUCUACUUCGUCGAGCAACGUCCUCGUGGUCUACAUCUGAUAGCUCGUCAUCCCUCUCAUCGAGUGGUGCCAAGAAAUCUUCUGGUCCCAAAGCAGGCCUAUCCAACUCUAAGAAGGGCUCCGUUAAUUAUUACACUGCGGCCCGAGAACGUGAGAGGGAGCGCGACUUGAGGUUGAAGGAGCGUGGUGGUAGUAAGAUUACUGCUGCCAAGAUUGCUCAAUUGCAGAAGAAAUCAUUAGAAAAUGGCUUGCUGGCAUGGACGAAGAAGGGUUCUGGGUUUGAAAUCUGA